AUGGCUCCCGUUACCAAUUCUACGGGACUCGACACAGGCGGUCUUGCCUGCACAACCCCAGCAUGCCUCGGACUCGCCGCAGACAUUUUCUUCAAUCUUGCUGCCAACUAUACAGAAAUCGAUCCCUGUACAGACUUUGACAAGCUCGCAUGUGAUGGCUUUAGAAGGAAAAGUGUGCCAUCCGCCGGCUCGGGCCAAGCAUCCACGUUCAACUCUGAUUCGGUUCAAGCCUUGUUAAAGAAUAUCCUUGAGAACCCUUACCCCUCGGGACCGGCAACCGGGUUCAUCUCUGAAUCUUUGUCUGCAGAUCAGGUUGCUGUCGACCGAGAUAACUUCAAGCUCACAACCGAUGCAUACAAUGCAUGCUUGAACUACACCGCCGUCGAGGCCGCAGGGCUGGCUCCUCUCAUCGCUGUUCUUGACCUCAUCGAGGAGGCUUUUCCGAAAAAGAAGCCUGAGGACCUGAUCACCAAGGACGAUAACUUGGGCAAAGUGCUCCUUCUUUUUACCCAGCACUCUAUCCCCACAUUCGAACUAAUUCAACCUUCCUGGGAUGAAGCCAACUCUGUUAGUAUUUUCCCGGUUAACAGGACAAUCAUUAGAGUCUUGCCCGCCGGCGGAUCGCCACUCACUCCCGAUACUCCUGAUGAGACAGUCGACAAGUAUCUAGCUAUCCAGGCAUCAGUGCUUCGAGCGGUUCACCCAGCAAACCUCACCGAGGAAGCAGCGGCGAAGCUUGCAUCGGGUGUCACCAAGUUUGAAAUAGAUGCUGCUAACUUGGGAGAAUUUGACGACAGCAAGGAUGGCAAAUAUCAACCAUACAAAACGUUCACGUUGGAGCAAGUGACAAGCGUCGCUCCGGAACUCGGACAUGAUUUCGUCAUCAAGAGCAUGGCACCGCCUGGCUACACUCCCACCGACCUCGUCUUCUCGCCUGGCUAUUUCGGCAAUCUGUCUGUACUGCUGUCCAACACUACAGCAGACACACUAAAGGGGUUUUUCAUCUGGAAGGCGGUUCGCACGUUAGCCGGGUACGUCGAGGCCGAGGUCAUGGAGCCGCUGGUUGACAUAAGGGGUACACUACUAGGUUUGGACCCCAAUUUAGUUGGCCGUGCCCCUCGUUGGAAACGAUGUGUCUCCCACGUCGAGGAAGGAGCCUCAUGGAUUGAACUAUCCAACGGGCUCGGCUGGAUUCUCGGCCGCUUCUUCGUCGACAAAGCCUACUCAAAGGCGGCCCGAGAGCUUACCACGAACCUCAUGAGCAAUAUCCAGACGGAGUUCAUAACACGCCUUGCCGAUAGAGAAUGGUUAUCCGCCGGGGUUAAAAAGAUUGCCGAGGAGAAAGUCCGCGCCAUCACGAAGAAGAUUGGCUACCCCGACGUCGGGCCCAACACGGUAGACCCGAAAGACAUCGCGAAGCACUAUAGUGAUUUCAAGGUCAGCGACUCCUACUUCAACAACACGGUCAGCGCUGCUCUUUGGUUCACCGGCAAGCUGUGGUCUCAGCUGGGGACGCCUACAGAUAAGGGCAUUUGGCUGUUCAGCCCGUCGGUGGUCAACGCCUUCUACUUUCCAGAAUUCAACGACAUCUUCAUCCAAGCGGGAAUCCAACAGCAGCCCCUGUACGACGUCGACUACCCCUCGUACAUCAACUACGGCGGCAUGGGCGCCGUUCUCGGCCAUGAGCUGACCCAUGGGUUCGACGACCAGGGUCACAACUACGGGCCCGACGGCUCCUUUACCAACUGGUUCGACGAGAGCAGUGAGAAGGCCUUCCAGGAGCGCGCCCAGUGCUUCGCCAAGCAGUACGACGAGUUUGCCGUCACGGCCCCCAACGGCACUCUCGUGCACGUCGAAGGCAACUUCACACUCGGUGAAAACAUUGCUGACUCGGGCGGCCUCACCACCUCGUACGCGGCUUGGAAGCGCCAGCAGGCAAGUGGCACAACCCAGGACUACAACCUCCCGGGCCUCGGUAACUUUACCCACGACCAGCUCUUCUUCAUCAAGUAUGCCCAGUCUUGGUGCGACGUCUCCAGCGCCAGGGGAUUCGACGUUUGGCUCAUCAAGAACGAUCCGCACUCGCCCGGCUUCGCGCGCAUCAAGGGCCCCUUGGAUAAUUCGAAGGAGUUCAAAACCGCUUUCAACUGCCCCGUCAAAGAACCCAGGUGUGAGCUUUGGUAG